UGCGGGCGGGGAGGCGGAGGGGUGUCGCGGAGCCCGGGGGCUGCGGAGCGCGGGUUGCAGGUGCAGCGCGGUGGGUGUGGGGAGCCGCUGUACCCUGUGCCCCUCGGGUCCUCCGGGCCUUCGCAGGCCGGUCCUAGGCCGCGGGUUCGAGAGUCACCACGCUGAGGCGCAGGCUUGUUCCGCCGGGAGCACGUGGUGGCGGCUGGAGGAAGUCGCCCCAGGGAGCGACUGUCGGGGUACUCCCUUGUAGCAGUGAGAAUGAUGGAUCAAGCCAGAUCAGCAUUCUCUAACUUGUUUGGUGGGGAACCAUUGUCAUACACUCGGUUUAGCCUUGCUCGGCAAGUAGAUGGAGAUAACAGUCAUGUGGAGAUGAAACUGGCUGCAGAUGAAGAAGAAAAUGCUGACAAUAACAUGAAGGCUAGUGUCAGAAAACCCAAGAGGUUUAAUGGAAGACUCUGCUUUGCGGCUAUUGCACUAGUCAUUUUUUUCUUGAUUGGAUUCCUGAGCGGCUACCUGGGCUAUUGUAAGCGUGUAGAACAAAAAGAAGAGUGUGUGAAACUGGCUGAAACGGAGGAGACAGACAAGUCAGAAAACAUGGAAACAGAAGAUGUUCCUAAAUCAUCUCACUUAUAUUGGGCAGACCUCAAAACACUGUUGUCAGAGAAGCUGAACUCCAUAGAGUUUACUGACACCAUCAAGCAGCUGAGCCAGAACACAUACACUCCUCGUGAGGCUGGAUCUCAAAAAGAUGAAAACCUUGCCUAUUAUAUUGAAAAUCAGUUCCAUGAAUUUAAAUUCAGCAAAGUCUGGCGAGAUGAACACUUUGUAAAGAUUCAAGUGAAAAGCAGCGUUGUUCAAAACAUGGUGACCAUAGUGCGUUCAGAUGGUAGCCUUGAGUCAGUGGAGUCUCCUGAGGGUUAUGUGGCAUUUAGUAAAGCUGCAGAAGUUUCUGGUAAACUGGUCCAUGCUAAUUUUGGCACUAAAAAGGACUUUGAAGAAUUAACUUAUUCUGUGAAUGGAUCUUUAGUGAUUGUUAGAGCAGGGGAAAUUACUUUUGCAGAAAAGGUUGCAAAUGCCCAAAGCUUUAAUGCAAUUGGUGUCCUCAUAUAUAUGGACAAGAAUAAAUUCCCCGUUGUUGAGGCAGACCUUGCACUCUUUGGACAUGCUCAUCUAGGAACUGGUGAUCCAUACACACCUGGCUUUCCUUCUUUCAAUCAUACUCAGUUUCCGCCAUCUCAGUCAUCAGGGUUGCCUAAUAUACCUGUGCAAACAAUCUCAAGAGCUGCUGCAGAAAAGCUAUUUGGAAAAAUGGAAGGAAGCUGUCCUGCUAAUUGGAACAUAGAUUCUUCGUGUAAGCUGCAACUUUCACAGAAUCAAAAUGUGAAGCUCACUGUGAACAACAUACUAAAAGAGAGAAGAAUACUUAACAUCUUUGGAGUUAUUAAAGGUUACGAGGAACCAGACCGUUAUGUUAUAGUAGGAGCCCAGAGAGACGCUUGGGGCACUGGUGUUGCGGCGAAGUCCAGUGUGGGAACAGGUCUUCUGUUGAAACUUGCCCAAGUAUUCUCAGAUAUGAUUUCAAAAGAUGGAUUUAGACCCAGCAGAAGUAUAAUCUUUGCCAGCUGGAGUGCAGGCGACUUUGGAGCUGUUGGUGCCACUGAGUGGCUGGAGGGGUACCUUUCAUCUUUGCAUUUAAAAGCUUUCACUUAUAUUAAUCUGGAUAAAGUUGUCCUUGGCACUAGCAACUUCAAAGUUUCUGCCAGCCCCUUAUUAUAUACACUUAUGGGAAAGAUAAUGCAAGACGUAAAGCAUCCAAUUGAUGGAAAAUCUCUAUAUCGAGACAGCAAUUGGAUUAACAAAGUUGAGAAACUUUCCUUUGACAAUGCUGCAUUUCCUUUCCUUGCAUAUUCUGGAAUCCCAGCAGUUUCUUUCUGUUUUUGUGAGGAUGCGGACUAUCCUUAUUUGGGCACUAGAUUGGAUACCUAUGAGGCAUUGAUUCAGAAAGUCCCUCAGCUCAACCAAAUGGUUCGUACAGCAGCAGAAGUGGCUGGUCAGUUCAUUAUUAAACUUACCCAUGACAUUGAAUUGAACCUGGACUAUGAGAUGUAUAACAGCAAACUACUGUCAUUUAUGAGGGAUCUGAACCAGUUCAAAGCAGCCAUCAGGGAUAUGGGUCUAAGUCUACAGUGGCUGUAUUCCGCUCGUGGAGACUACUUCCGUGCUACUUCUAGGCUAACAACUGAUUUUCAUAAUGCUGAGAAAACGAACAGAUUUGUCAUGAGGGAAAUCAAUGAUCGUAUUAUGAAAGUGGAGUAUCACUUCCUGUCACCCUAUGUAUCUCCAAGAGAGUCUCCUUUCCGACAUAUCUUCUGGGGCUCUGGCUCUCACACUCUCUCAGCUUUAGUGGAGAACUUGGAGCUUCGUCAAAAAAAUAUUACUGCUUUUAAUGAAACACUCUUCAGAAACCAGUUGGCUCUGGCUACUUGGACUAUUCAGGGAGUCGCAAAUGCCCUCUCUGGUGACGUUUGGAAUAUUGACAAUGAGUUUUAAAUGUAACAUGCAUAAUUAAAUAAGAGCAGGGUAGUCUGUUUCUAGACUUGUGUUGGUUGUGCUAAAUUUUCAUUAGAGCUCUAAAAUCUAAUGUUAAAAUUCUACCCAAUCAUAUAAUGUCUUUAGGCAGCAGCUUUUAGUGCAGGGUUGGACCUACACUUCAAGUACAAUGGAUAACACUUUCCUUGUUUGUGAUAUCUUCUCAGAUUAUCUUUAGAAUUUUUGAGUCCUUUAUAAUAACUUCCUCUUUGCUUCAUGGUCAUGAAAAUGUCAGAACCAGUUGUAAGAACAUUGCUAUAUGUCCUGAGGGCAUUAACUAGUGUCUUUUGAGGUAGGAGGAAGAUGGUGCUUGGUCAAUGUGUGGAGGGUCAAAGUGGUAGUUGGGUGUGGUUUCCCCAACUCCAUCUGAUCUUCCACUGAGCUGUAUGCCCUUAAGGAUUUAGCUGGUUUGCAUUUCCCUAAAUUAGACAGUACUUUCAGAAGAGAUGGAACUUGUUUUCUUGCCAGCAAGGUUGAAAAUAGGUCCUUAUGCUGCACCUAUUUGUCGUUUACAGGAAUAAGGCCUUACUGGUUUAACCUUGGUGUUAUUUAUGAUGAGACCAGAAGCCAAAGACUUCAAGUUUUCUCUCCUCUGGCAUCUGCCCUAUAGUCUUUAGUUCUUUGUUUUUGUUUUGUUUUUCUUUUUCCAACAUUUUCUGAAAAAGAACAAGUUUUAGACUCAGUUUGUCAGACUUGAAAAGAACACACUGCCAAGUUUUGGCCAAAGUGUUAGUCUUCAGGAAAGCUUUCUAUCAUUUUGGCACUGAGAUAUUUAUUGUUUAUUUAUCAGUGACAGAGUUCACUAUAAAUAGUGGUUUGUUUUUUUUUAUAUAGAAGAUAAUUAUCGGAAGCAGUGCCUUCCAUAAUUAUGACAGUUAUACUGUCGUUUUCUUUGAAUAAAAGCAGCAUCUGCUAAUGAGACCCACAGAUACUGGAAGUUUUGCACUUAUGGUCAGCACUUGCAACUUUAGGAAGGAGAAAAGCCACAAUCCAAACAAUAUGAGCUAGAAGAGGAUUGGGUUAAAUAAGAGAUUCCUAAUUGAGUUGGGGAAAAAAAUGAUAGUUUUCCUAAGUGCAGUGAGUUGUGGCCAAGUUAAAUGUCAUUUAAAUGCUAUGGUAGUACUUACAUCUACAAAAUUUUACAGCUCAAUUUAUUCAAGAUGUAACUCAAAAUCAAUUUUGCAAAAUUUCCAGUACCUUUGUCACAAACUUAACUCACAUUAUCGGGAGCAGUGUCUUCCAUAAUGUAUAAAGAACAAGGUAGUUUUUGCCUACCACAGUGUCUAUAUCGGAGACAGUGAUCUCCAUAUGUUACACUAAGGGUGUACGUAAUUAUCGGGAACAGUGUUUCCCAUAAUUUUCUUCAUGCGAUGACAUCUUCAAAGCUUGAAGAUCGUUAGUAUCUAACAUGAAUUCCCAACUUCCUGUAGCUCCUUAGUUUUAGUUUCAAAAGUCAUUUGUGGUCAUUGAGCAUUUGGUGGGUAAAAUCAACUGCUGUAAAAUCAUUACUUCAAGAUCCUUUUUUUAAAAUGUGGGUAUUUUGUUAUCUCUGGUUUAUGGAAUAAAAGCAUACGUUUAUAAUGUUUGCUGGUGACAAAGGAAUUUAACUGUCUCCCUUUAUUUGCAUGUUAUUUCCUAAAUGUAGUUCUUAGAAGUUUGAAUUCAUUUUUGGUUUUUGGGAGGGUAGAAAGUAGAGAAUAAUGGGUGUUGGGAAGACAAAGCUUGCAAAAGGAUCUUUAUGUACCUGCUCAUCAUUAUGGUGGCUAAGAAUUAUGUAGGUAAUGAGCAAGAUCACAUUAACAAGGACUAGUUAGCCAUCAUUACGCAUCUAAUCAGUUUGCCGUGGGGGCAGUUCAAAGCUGCCCCCUGAGAACGUCACUAGGCUCUCAGGGUCUGGGCACCACUUGCCCAAGUUGCAUCCACCAGAUUAUUUUGAGCCUCACUGAAUUGUUUUGCUACUCAAUUUUCCCUUCAGUCUUCACAGUGUUUCUCUUGUACCAGAAUGAGCAUCACCGUGCAUAAUGGGAUUUCAAGUCUUGAAUGAAGGGCAUACAUUUUGCAUAGACUUCUCUGUGAAGUGACCUUUGCUGUAAGGGUUGUUUCCAGUCAAAGCAGUAAGUUGGUAAGGUUUAGUCUUGGGUGAAGUGUGAAUCUGAGCAAUAGCUUCUGCUGCUUAUCAGGUUAUUGUUGGGUAAAAAUGUAGAAUUUGAAGAUAAAAAUAGAGCAAGCUUUUGUCAUGAUUCACUGCUAGAAUUUGCAUGACCUUUACUGUGUUAGCUUUUGAAUGCCUUUUGGUUUAGAUUUGCCAACCUACACUCGACUGUUUUUGCUGUCGUGCCCUUAUAAAUGUAUACAGCUGGUAUGUAACAAUGUGAAGAUUCCUUCCCUGACUUAAUAAAAUACUUC